CUUAAAACAGUUUCUGUUUUCUCUGCAGAACUGUAGGCUUUUGUAGUCUUAGGGUGCCUGGGAUAUUAGCUUGCUAUACAGCAGCUAAAGAAGUGACUGUAAUACACCCUCAUCAUCUGCUUCCUGCAUAAUAAGAAGGGUUAUUUCCUCCAAACUGUAAUUAUAUUUCAUCUGACUAUUCACGGCAAAAGUCUCGGCCAGUUGUAUCUCUGGAACAUUUUCUUCAAGAGGUUACGUUUUCAAAACUUCACAAAACAGGAUAUUAGCUCUGCAUAGGAGGAUGAUUUCUCACAAUAUGACAUGGAUAAGGUAUCCAAGCAGCAGCUGGGACUCCUCCACUAACAUUGAAGACGUCAUAGCUUCUCAAAACAUCAUAUCAAGAUUUAUGCACUGUUAUAUUGCCUUUUUUGUGCCAGCAGGUUUAUUAACUGGCAUACUGAUCCUCAUCAUCUUCAUAAAGGAGUAUUUGCAGCAUCGCAUCUUAGAAAACCUAAAUAUAUUUCUUUUAGAUUUCACCAUCAGCAAUAUUGCAAUGAUUUUUUUCUCAUUUACUGUCAUACCGAGACCUGGCUAUCUAAAGGCAACCCAUUUAGGAUGUGGAGCUCUGUCUUUUUUUUUCAAUGUGAGUUAUUUCAAUUCUCAGUAUCUUUUGAUUUUGAUGCUUCUCACUCUACUCGGUCCAUUUUCAUCCAGGGCUAGUUGGAUAACUAGAGCAACUCAAAGUCCCCUGUUAUGUGUUGGAUUUAUACUAACAUGUGCUUUCUGCAUGUCACUGGUAGUGGUGGCACUUUUAGGCACAGAUAAUUACCAUGUGAAUACAGACUGCCAGGUAGAUCCAUUAUUUGCAUGGCCAGAAUAUGAGAUUAUUAAAUUCACCUUUGGAUUUGGAAUUCCUCUGAUUCUCCAGUUACUCUGUUUUAUUCUAUUCUUCAUUAAAGCAGCACAAUCAGAAGCAGGAAUCUUAAGAAAGAAUAUUCACAUUUACAUGCUUGUUAUAACCAUAACAAUGUUUGCAUGCCGUCUAUUUUACAAUGUCAUGAUUCUCUACAGGACCAUGUUAAAGAUACAGGAAAGCAUUGGAACUUUCAAGACUGAGUUAAUGAUGAAUAUUGCAGAGAUCAUAUUAUUUAUUGAGAGCUGUGUUAGCUUGAUAUUCAUACUUUGUCUUCAUAAACCAUUGAAGAAUGGAAUAGCAGAAAUCAUAGCAAAAUGCAAAAGAACAGACGCUACCAACAACCGCCCUGAUCUCGAUGACACCAAUGCACUAUGAAACUGCAUCUCGUGAUUCCUUUGCCCUGCAGAGUGCUGAUAUUUUGCAUGUUUUAAAUAAAGGAUAGAUAUCCAUCUGAUACAUCUUACAAUUGGUAACAACUGAAGGAAAAUAGUCUCUUGGUCCAAUUUUUCCUCAAGGUCUCACCAUCAAGUUGUUAUUUAUAUAAAUUAGUUCCCUGCACUUCAAUGGGCUUGUUCCAAUCAAAAUCAAAAUUCUGAAAAAAGACCACUUACGUCGGAAACAGGAUGCUUUUGUGACAACACCAAUAUACCUGUACAGGAGUAAACAGAAGCACCUUCGCCAAAGCUAAAAACUGGAGAAAGAGACAUUUUGGUUUCUUAACUGAACUUUCACUUGGAAUUUAAUCCUUCAAGGCUACUGAUAUUUAUACAUUACAUGCUGUUGCCUAAUUCCAAGGGUCAAAGACAAUAUCAGUAAAAUACAGGAAAAUUUCCUGAAAUUGUGAUAUACUGUGUUGCCAGAGGGUGGGGUGCAUGAUUCCACAAUUUUAAAACAUCCAUGUUAAGAACAUUCUCUCCACCUUCCCUUCCCUGUUUGCCUUGGAGAUAAUAGUAUUUUCAUGAUUUCUGUUUCAAUUCUCUUGUGGCAAAAACAAUCUUGAGUAGUAGGGAAGGGCUAAGCCUAUUUAUCCAUGUAAAGGGAGCAGCCUUUGGAGAAAGAAGCAAGUUCCAAUGGCUCAAGUAGAAGACAGUGCUGGACUGAAGGGAAGGCCUCCUAUGGUCCCCAUAUGAGACAAAGUACUGGGAAGGAGCAACAAGAUGACAGAGCUACCAGGAAUAACCAUAACUACAUCCCCACAAAAAUGGCAGGCAAUUGGACAAAUACAAGAGCUAUCACUGGGAACAAUAAUGGGAAGAACCAAAAAAAGAUAACAAUACCUACCAAGAAUCCAGUACACAUGGACUGUUUUCAGGGUCACUGACUUGAAUGUAUUAAAAAAAGUUCUGCCAUUUAUAGAGUGGGAUUACAUGACUUGCAGUCACAGGGAGAUGCAUAGUCUUGCUAAGGGCCCCAGUCACCUGUAUCUGGGAGAGACACCAUGUUAUGCACUGGGAAGAUGCCCAUAUUAUCUUUCAUCAAGUUUGUGCUUGUAUUUCCUCAUACAGCUUUGUAUUGCUGCUGUUCUGAAUGCACUGACAACUCAAAGAAGGCUGUAAAAAAGUGAUUAUCGAGCUAGGCAGAAAUGUAAAACAAUCUAGGUAAGAAGCAUUUUAAUGGCCAAGUGCAGAACAGAACACUGAAAAUCUCAGCCCCAACCUUACAGUGCAAGCUGAGAAAAGGGAGAGUAAAAGACUGACUCAUUUGUUAGAUCAGAUCUGUCCAACACGUGGGCUGUGUGGAAUUAAACUGCAGCCCCUAGGCUUCUGCCCAGCCACUGCUCCUACCCAUUGCUCUAGCUCCAGGCUUCCCCUUCCUCCUCCAGCUGUCACUUCCCAUGCUGUCCCAGGAUUCAGGGCAGUGCAGCAGCACGGAGAGCUGUGGAUGAGCCUAGGGCACAUGGGCAAUGAAUGGAGGGGAAGGGAUGAGGGUUACAGGCACAGUGCAGUGGUAGGGCACCUGCACAGGCACACAACAUAGUUGGAGUGCAUGGAGCGGGGGAGGAAUAAUAUACAUCUAGUUUUAGCCAAAGUAUCCAAAAUUAAGCAAUGAGAUUUCUUGAAAAAAUCCAGAGGAGGAUCCAGAGGACAGAGAGAGAGAGAGAGAGAGAGACUGCGAAAUACAUACAUACUCUUCUAAGACUUCAGAUUGCUCUGAAAAAUGUCUUUCAGUUAAGUAAACUGCAAAAGAUACAAGCUUCUAGUUGCUAAGGGUUUCAGUUCUUUUUUUAAGUGUGAAUUUUAGUGUUAAUGAAAUAUGUGGGAAUGGAAGCUCUGGAGAGUAAAGGCUUGCCUUCUCUGCAACAGUUUGCUUUUGUGAAAGUGAUCACACCAUGCUGCACAGACUGGAUUGGCAAUAGAUGAAUUAUAAUUCAAAUUGCAAUAUCCCUACAACAUUACUGGGUCGAGACCAGCAGCAUCCUAGAUUCAACCCAAGCACAUUUACAGGUCAGAUGGCUUGAGCUGAAAACUUAAUUUAACUUGAACUGAAAGGGUGUGCAAGAUAGCGGGUUGGAAUAGAGACAAAACUCAAGCUAAUAACGAAGCAAAGACAAUUCUUCUAUAUAGCGGUAUAACAUACACUACAGAAUUGCCUACAAGUCCCACCCUUAAGUCUAAACCUGACCUGCAAGAAUGACUUCUCAGUGGAAAGGAUAUGUUCAGCUUCAUAGCACCUUGAUAUCUUAACCUUCCAAAUGUUGGGACAAAUUAGUGUUAGUUGUGCUGGUGGGUGCUGGUGGGUUUUAUGUAGGACCUUCCACAAAGAAAUGGAAAUGGGGUAUCCUGUGAAGAAUUAGUAGGCUGAACUACACUGUACAAAAAGGGGUGAUAUUUUUUUUACAUGUUUUCCUUUCUUACUUUGUAUUUUGAUUGCUAUGUGAAAGAUAGAUGACAGGUUAUGGGGGCCUCCAUGCAUUGUCAGUGGCCCAUAUUGUAAAAUUUGAGAUAUUAGAAUUCAGUUUUUGUAACAUACAUCUUAAUAAAAAUAAAGAUCUGUGGAGGGUUUUUCACCAGAAUAGA